AUGGCAUCCUCGGUGGGCUCCGACGUGUUUGCCUGUCUGGCUCUUUUGACCAUCUCAGUUGGCGUCCUAUUUGUCCUACGGCACUAUCUUCCACUACGAACAACGCCCGCCUUCCUCCUCGUGCCGAUCUUCCUGGCAUUGGUCCUGCCCACGAGCGCCCUUAUACUAGUCCCCAUCGACCUCGCCUCGAGUGCGCGAGAGAGCGAUCAUGGUGGCAAGGGGAUAUGGCUGCCGAAAAGAGCUGUCUUGGUCUCGUGGAGAAUUGUCUACUGGUUGACUUUUGUCUUGACAUGGGUGGUAUUGCCGUUACUGGGAGAAUACAUGGACGCCGGAUAUCGCGAGCCCAAGGCUCGCAUGAUCUACUCCCUCCGAUCGAACGGCCGGUACCAGCUCAUCGUCCUCUCCUGCGCCAUCGCCGGCUUGGUGUACAUGAUCUUCUCGUAUGGCUUCGAUUUCACCGCCAUCAGAGCUUUGGUCAUGGCGCUGGCCUACGUGUGGGGUCUGGCUCUUGCCAUCUACCUGAUGGGUCACGGACUUGUCGCGAUUCCAAGGGGGAUCUUCCGCAAAGCAGACAUUAGUGGUAGCCUGCGUCGGGUACAGGGUCAAGCCCCGAGGAUCCAUGAGAAGCUCGAGGAUGCCAUCGUUGCGCUCGAUGAGCUGGAGGCGCAGGUGAUGCAGCUGAAGCAGAGGAAAACAGGGAGCGCCAGAGAUUUCCAAGAAUGGAUUGACGAAUUGGUCGAUGUAACUGGCCAGCCCGAGAACCGCGUCUUCUCGAAUGUGACAACCACAGACGCGUCGAAUAAAGUCCCUGCUGUCAUUACGGAGAGGUACAUGGCCGACUUGAGCCGGCGACUCAUUCGAGCCAAACACCGACGAGCAAGGUACAUCCGCGAAUGGGACCACAUCGUCCAAAGCGCAUCAGACCUCCAGGCCAUCCUCGACUCCAAAGCCUCCAAGAAACUUGAUUUCGGUCGAACCGCCUCUUCCGGUUACAGCUUCCCCGUUAUGACCCCGACGAUGCGCUAUCACCUCCACGUUCACAUUGUCCCUGCUUUGAGGGUCGCUCUUGGUGGCGUCUUCUCUCUCGCCUCCGUCUCAAUCCUCUGGUCUGAAAUCAUUAAAUUCCCGGCUCCACAUCUGUCCGCCGUCAGCCUCACAGUAAUCCACCGCCCUUCUGAUAAGAACUAUCAGAUCGGCUUUGGCGGCCAACUCAUCGCCUCACUAUGGAUAACGUACAUGUGUGUGUGCGCCCUCUCCUCGAUGAAUGACGUUCCCACCUGGAACCAGCGCGCCUUGGUCAAACGCAACACCUAUGCUGAAUCCGCGUGCUGGUACGCCGGACAGAUUGCGAAACUCACCGUACCACUCGCUUACAACUUCCUGACUUUCCUUCCCAAGGAUAUUCAUCAGAAUUCGACCUUCUACGAUUUCUUGGGCAGGUUGAUCAAUCUAACACCGCUGGGGACGUGGUUUGAUUACCUGUUUCCUAUCUUCAUUCUCAUCCCAGUGACCAUGACGUUAUUUAAUCUAUACGGCAAGAUCAAGAACGUACUGGGCUUCGGAUUCAUCGAGAUCGAAGAGGACGAAGAGGACAAUCCUUCGGGUUUCGGCACAGGAGGAUGGCGAGAAGGCAGGGAUCUGAUUGCGAGAGAUUUGCAAGGUCAUCGGCCCGCUGGUGCGAGUAACUUGGGCAUCACAGAUUCUCCACGGACGUCGUUAGACACCUCACGACCGAGGGUCGCUCCCAGUAGGUCGGUCCCGCCUUCGGCGCGAGGUCAAGGAGCGAGCUCAGCGACAGCGGGCGGGAGGUUUAGAGAUAGACCGGCCCUUGAUCCCGAACCUGAAGAAGAGAAUUUCUUCACCUUGUUCGGGCGGAGGAUGAAGAACACGUUUGACACCAUCGACACGCCGAAAUGGAUGCAAGGUGGUGCCGGCGGAGGAGGCUUCAAAACACCAAAGUGGCUGGGCGGGCCCGGCGAUCAGUCGACGGCAGGACAGCAGAGCGGCAGUGGAAGCGGAGGCGCCUCAAGCGGGAACAACAUCCUAGGACUUUUCGGCGGAAGGUCCAACGAUGGGAGGAUCACGAUCUGA